AUGGCGAGCAUCAGUAACAUGGGGCAGAGACCGCAGCUUCUGCUGCCUGGGCUGCUGUGGCUGCUCCUGGCCGUCCACACCGCCAACGUCCGCUGUCUGAACGGCGACGAGGACCAGAACCAGGACACCGAGUGCAAGAUGAAGAGCGUCACCGUGUCGGCGCUGCCUUUCCUGCGGGAGAACGACCUGAGCAUCAUGCACAGUCCGUCGGCCUCCGAGCCCAAGCUGUUGUUCUCCGUGAGGAACGAUUUUCCCGGGGACGUCGUGGUGGUGGACGACCUGGAGAACACCGAGCUGCCCUUCUUCGUCCUGGAGAUCUCCGGGAACUCAGAAGACAUACCCCUGGUACGCUGGAGGCAGCAGUGGCUGGAGAAUGGCACUCUGCUCUUCCACAUCCACCACCAGGACGGCAGCCUGAACCUCCCAGAGCCCACAGAAGACCCGUCCAGCAACUCUGCCAAGGAGGAGCUCCGCAUCCUGCACAUCUCCGUCAUGGGCGGGAUGAUCGCCCUUCUGCUGUCCAUCCUGUGUCUGGUCCUGAUCCUCUACACCCGCAGGCGCUGGUGCAAACGCCGCCGCAUCCCUCAGCCCCAGAAGAGUGCCAGUGCUGAGGCGGCUAAUGAGAUCCACUACAUCCCCUCAGUGCUGAUGGGGGGCCAGGCCCGGGAAAGUUUGAGGAACUCCCGGGGUCAGGGGCCAAACUCCAGCGGCACGCUCAGCAUCCGGGAGACCCCGAUUCUCGACGGGUACGAGUACGACAUCACCGACCUGCGUCACCAUCUGCAGCGGGAAUGUAUGAACGGCGGUGAUGAAUUUGCCAGCCAAGUAACCCGCACCCUGGACUCCCUCCAGGGCUGCAACGACAAGAACCAUAUGGACCUCACGCCUGUGAGCGAUAACACCAAGCUGGCUCUGAUGAACAAAUACAAGGACAACAUCAUCGCCACGAGUCCCAUCGACAGCAACCACCAGCAGAACACCUUGCUGCCACACAACACCUCCACCAGCCAGCGCAAGCGUCUCUCCAGCAACACCCGCGCGGGUUCAACUUUCUUGAACCCAGACGGGGACUCUGGGACGGAGGCAGACAGCGAGCCUCAGCUGGCCUUUUACACCGACCCGAACCGCAGUCGGCGCCGGACUCGAGGUAUGAGAAACGGUAACGCCAACAGCGCGUGGGGCUCAGGGGCAGCAGGUUCCCCACGAAGCCCCAUCAAUAAGACCACCCUGACUCUGAUCAGUGUCAUCAGCUGUGUGAUUGGCCUGGUUUACUCCUCUCACCUCUCCUGCAGCAUUUCAGUCCGAGUAAUCCUCCACGUGCCGGAGCACCUCAUCGCCGACGGAUCGAGGUUCAUUUUGCUGCAGGGGAGCCAGUUGGACGCCUCCGACUGGCUGAACCCUGCCCAGAUCUUGUUGUACUCCCAGCAGAACGCCAGCGGGCCCUGGGUCAACGAGCUGUGUGGACGACGCCUCCUGGACCCCUGUGAGCAUCAGUGUGACCAAGACACAGGAGAUUGCCUCUGCCUGGACGGAUACAUGAAGGACCCAGUCCACAAGCACCUCUGCAUCCGCAGUGAGUGGGGGCCCAACCAGGGUCCCUGGCCCUACACUAUCUUCCAACGCGGUUUUGAUCUUGUGAUGGGAGAACAACCCUCUGAUCGCAUUUUCAGGUUCACAUACACCUUAGGAGAGGGAAUGUGGCUGCCAUUGAGUAAAAGCUUCGUCAUCCCCCCUGCCGAGCUUGCCAUCAACCCCUCAGCAAAGUGCAAGACGGACAUGACGGUCAUGGAGGACGCGGUGGACGUACGGGAGGAGCUGAUGAUCAGUUCAUCCUUUGACUCACUGGAAGUUCUCCUGGACUCGUUUGGACCCGUCAGGGACUGCACCAAAGACAACGGAGGCUGCAGCCGCAACUUCCGCUGCAUAUCUGACAGAAAGCUGGACUCCACUGGAUGUGUGUGCCCUCCGGGGUUGAGUCCUAUGAAGGAUGGGACCGGGUGCUACGACCACCACAUCGGCAUCGACUGCUCUGACGGUUUCAAUGGCGGCUGCGAGCAGCUGUGUCUCCAGCAGCUGGCCCCUCUGGAGGAUGACCCGACCCUUUACAACAUCCAGAUGUUCUGUGGGUGCAUCGAGGACUACAAGCGUGGUCCAGAUGGAAGGUCUUGCCUGCCGCUGUCUGAGGCCUGCACUGAGGGAAUCGACUGUGGGGAAGCGCUGGACGUUCCCGCUAACCAGACGGUGUUCAGAGACCUUUUCUAUGGAUACAACAACCACAGCAAAGAGAGCACAUCUGGACAGAUACUCAAGGCCACGUUCAGGCAGAAGAACUUCGCCCGGGGCAUCGAGCAGCAGCUCCCAGACGGCAUGGUGGUGGCCUCGGUGCCAACUGAGGUUCAGUGCCACGAGGAGCUGUCAGACCCCGUGCCCGACCCGGAAUACCUCACAGGUAUGGUGAACUACAGUGAGGUGUCUGGCUACCCCCUCGUCCAGCACUGGAGUCUCCGCUCUGUGCUCUACCACGUCAAACUCAAUCAGUGGGUCCUCUCUCAAGCCUUCAGCUCAGCCAUCCAUUCUCUGGAUGGGGCCACGCAGCGGAGUGACUUUGUCUCCAUCCUCAGGGAGUUUGGGAACCACUACGUACAGGAGGCAGUGUACGGCUUCCAGGAGUCCUGCACCAUCUGGUACCCCAACAAGCAGGUCCAGAGGCAGCUGUGGCUGGAGUACCAGGAUAUUAGCAAAGGGAACUCCCCUUCAGAGGAGUCAGAAGAGCGUGACAAGGAGCCCAGGACGCUGACCUAUCCUGCAUACGUCGCCAGCCUGCUGGACACGGGUGCAAAGCGGAUGGCCGCCGGUGUCCGGAUGGACUGUACCAGCCAGGGCCAAUGCCCCCGCUCGUGCCACCUUUGCCACAUGAGCCCGAGGGCGGCACAGGGGCGGCAGCAGUCUGAGCCCGUUCUGCUGCAGAUUACAAAGUCUGCACCCAUCUACGAAUUAGUGUCCAACAAUGAGACAUACCAGUCUCUUCAGGAGGCGAUGAUGAGCAUGCUGUGGUGUUCAGGGAAGGGCAACGUUAUCGAUGACUGGUGUCGCUGUGACUCCAGCGCUUUUGGCACAGACGGACUGCCCACCUGUGCCCCACUUCCCCAACCCAUGUUGAAGCUGUCGUACACCUACGAGCCCAGCAGCUCAUUGGUCAUCCUGGAGUGGAACCACACGGAGCCGCCAAUCGGGGUCCGCAUGGUCGACUACCUCAUCAGCCAGGAGAAGGUGACCGAGAGGACCGACCACUCCAAAGUUGAGACAGAAACCUUACUGAGCUUUGUGGACGACAUCUUGUCUGGGGCCAGGUCUCCAUGUGUGAUGCUGGGGGACAUCCCCAACCUGCUGUCCUCUUCAGUCAGUAUGAUCAUUCGCUGCCUGGAACCUGACACCACGUACAUGUUCCGGCUGUGGGCAGUAGACAACACAGGGCGCCGUUCCAGUCCCAGUGAGGUCACCAUCAAAAGUCCCUGUCCAACUGUGGAUGACGUCAAAGCUCAAGAAAUAGCCGACAAGAUCUAUAACCUGUUCAACGGCUACACCAGUGGGAAGGAGCAGCAGACGGCCUACAACACUCUGAUGGACCUGGGCGCCCCCACGCUGCACCGCGUGCUCUACCACUACAACCAGCGCUAUGAGAGCUUCGGAGAAUUCACCUGGAGGUGCGAGGACGAACUGGGACCCAGGAAGGCCAGCCUCAUCCUGUCCCAGCUAGAGGAGCUCUCCCCCUGGUGUAAGGGUCUUCUCCAGGAGCAGAAGAUCGGCCUUCGCAGGAUGUCCCUCAAGUUCCUGUCCUGCCGCUACACCGACACCAAGGCUUUCGGGCUGAACUGGGCGGACAUGGGCCAGGACGUGCACAAGGCCUGCGACGAGCAGACGCUCACUGUCAUGUAUAACGACUACGGUGAGCCCAAGGAGCUGUAGAUGUGUUGGGAGGGUUCAGUUUGGAUGUGCACAGGAAUCCAGGAGAUCUGUCCAACCCAACAAAGAAACAAAUGAAAUGCAGGUUUUACUCAUAUGUCUAUUACAUUCAUGCAAAGAUAUGUGUUUUUAAUGUGUCACAAGCAAAUACUAAACAUUAUAUGAAUGUUCUUUAUUCUGUUAGACUUUACCACAUUAUUGAUCAAUAGAUAAAUAAUGUAUUCACCCUGAAGGACAUUUAGGCAUCCAGUAGCUUAAAAUACAUAUUUGUGUCAGGAAAAAGACUCAAGAAUUAAGAAAGUACACACAAAUGUGUCAAUGGAGGCUGUGCAAAAAAAAUACAAUUAAGAAAUAUAAAAAGAAGGUUACAUUCUGUUUUGUGCAUAUCUGAGUGGAACCUGCCAUGCAUUUUAUUUCACUUUGUCUCUUUGCUGGAUGAAACAUGCUCCAUCUUGAACCUUUGAUACUGAGGGAGAACAUGUUUUGCUUUUUGACUCUUUGUUGAAAUACCGUGACAACUACAUUUGUGUAGCUUAGAUCAGAAUAGUCCUUUUUUUGGCUUCUUCGUUAUUGUAGAAAAAAAAGUUGGAUGUGAGACAUAAAGUCUUAAAAGGCAAGUUUUGAUAUCAAACUGAUGGAUAGUGAUUGUGACUUCCUAAGGGCCCCACAUCCACCUGUACAGCCUGGAUAGAGUUAACUGCUUCUUGGACCUGUCUCAUGAUCUAACUCAGCACUUCUGUUUCUUUGAUCAUUUUACAUGAGUGAUGGACCCAGGGAGGAAGGGAUGCUGUUAAAGAUUCUACAGUUAUAACUCAUCGUAGCUGCGUCUUCACCUGUACAUUCCAGCCAUUGUUAAACAUCUUAGCGGUUCACAGCUUCUGGUGCAUGUCAUAUGGUUUCUUGUGAAUAACUGCAACACGCGGGGCCGAACAUCCAUUUCAGAUUGGUGCUUGAAGCUGUUUUUUUCAUUUUCGGCGUGUGCUGCUUUAUUGUGUGGGGUCACAAGGACAUGAAGACGUGAGGUUUUCCACCAUCACUUCCAUUACAAACUGGCAUUUGUGUUUUUUGUCACAAACGCUCACAGGGAAAGACACUGUAUAUAAGCAAUUGUAAUGUUGAGACAGCGGGAACAAAACCAGUAUUUUACAAUGUGACCAUGUUUCUAUGACAUCUUAGCAGUUUAGGCUGAAGAGAUGUAAGUAGAAAUGUGAAAUAGAGAUGUAGAUAACAGACGAGGGAGUUACUCUAGUAGUACAGACAUUCAAAAUAAAACCAGGCGCUUUAUUAUUAUUAUCUUACGCUUUUAUUGAUAUACCCCGCUGAAUGUAGUAUUGGAUUUGCUUUUGUAAAGGAAGCUGUUAUGAAGUUAUGACUUCAACUGAACAACAGCUCAGUUCAUUACCUCUACACUUUUUAAUUUGUGAAUAACAAUUUUAUUAAUUUUUGCGAGUAUUUCCCUUUUGAAUUUUGCAGUUUUCACAUCAUAACUAAUCCAACAAAUGAACUCUACUCUUAAAAGUGAUGAUUCUGUCUUGAACCUGCAAAUAAAGUGUCUUAAUGUUUUCAUCUGCUUCUCUUUGAUUAAACUUCAUGCGUUUACAUUAGUUCGAAAGACCUUUUUGGCAUCUCCACUAAUACUGUGUGUUUAUUGUGAGUAUAUUAGUAUUAUUUGUUUAAUUUCACUCCAUCUAUUAUGUUUCUCUCUGUGGUUUUAUUACUGUGCUGUGGCCAUGUUGGAGAUUAAUGUCAAAGAAAUGCAAACACAUAUUAGCUGUUGAUUUCUUUUAAUAAACCUCAUAUGUGAAUACUAAAAUAAAGGCUUGUAGAUUUUUGUAUAGGCAGUAUGGUAUUUCAUAAAAGCGUUGCAUUCUAGCACAGUACUGUGUUUCUAAGCAGGUGUUUUAUAUACGCCUGUUGUAUAAACAUGUACAGCAGGUGGUGUUUUACAACAGUUACUUCAUGUGUGCUUUAGUAGAUACAAUAUUGUCCUGUAAUAUCUGCUGUGUAGCUUAGUCUUUGUAAUCAGAUCAAUCCACCGAUUCCAGUUUGAAAGUGAAGAGCAGUUUCUUUUCUUUCUCUUGUCUGAUUGUGAUUUAAAGAUGCUCAUGACUGGAUUUGUUCGUUCUGAACUGGUAUUGGUUGUUGAAAAGACGAACAUGAUCUAACUUGAUCUAACAAACUAGUAAAAUGAAACCAUCGAGCAGAACUCAGGAUGAAGUGAUGAAAUGGAGACCUCCUGACAUUUGAGAGAAAUUGAAAGCAACCCUCUACUAUCUGCAUGCAAAUAUUCUGUCUAUACUGAAUGUGGCAU